AUGGGCCUUUGUACUGAUACGGGGCCACCUGCAGGACGAGAAGAGGUUAGAACUAUGCAACCCUGUAUCCCGGCGUAUCUAACGGGAACCAACGAUCAAUGCAAGUGUUGCAGCAGGCAUAGACACGCCUCUCAAUAUUAUGUAUAUGCGGACAAUGCAGAAACGUUACAGCGGUGA